AUGGCAGACACAGAUCUCCUGAAGUUACUUCAGAAAGAAGUAAGUUGCUCCAUUUGCAAUGAGUAUUUCAGUGAUCCUGUCAGUACUGACUGCGGACAUUGCUUCUGCAAGAAGUGCAUAUUAGGAUGGAACUGUCAUAAUGGAAAUCGUUCAUGCCCACAGUGUAGCCUAAGCCUCUCACUUGGGACCCUCAGGCCAGUUAGACAGCUAGCAAACAUGGCAAUGACUGCAAAACUCCUGGAGGCAAAAUAUGAAGCUGAAAAACAACUGUUAUGUGAAAGACACAAAGAAAAACUUCUGCUGUUCUGUGAGCAUGAUAGAAAGACUAUCUGUGUCAUAUGUGAAAGGUCUGUGGAGCACAGAUAUCACAAAACAGUUCUGAUAAAAGAAUUGAUCAAAGAAGCGAGUGAAAUGAAAGAACUUUGGAAGGCUCUAGAAUUUUUAAGUCAGGAAAUGGAUUGGCUGCAAAGGAAGCAGGAGGAACAAGAGUCAAGAAUGAGAGAUGUUAAGAGUUCUGUAGCAGAACUGAAGGAGAGAAUCGGAGCUGAUUUUAGAGAUAUGCAUGAGUUUUUAAGAUGUGAAGAAGAAGAUCUGUGUGCCAGACUUAACGAGGAGCAAAACAACGUACUACAAGAGCUCCAAGAGAAUGUACAACAGUUGUCACAAAGCUACGCAAAUCUAAAGAAUCUGAAAGAAGAAACUGAAAAGAAAUUUAAUCUAGAAGAUAUUACAUUUCUGAGGACUUUACCUGAUGACAUAAAGGACAAAUUACUGGAUGCUCCUUUGGAUGAUAAAAAUCUUUUUGAUUCUGCUGCUGACCUUUUUAAAUCUCUCCAGGAUGAGGGCAAUGCCUUGCAGGAGUUGAAACAUAUUUUUGUUUCUGCUGUUCCAAAGUUUCAAAGGAGUUACCAUUCCAAAUCUGCUUUUGUUUGCAGACAGUCUUAUCCUCUGCCCAAGGAAAAUAAACUGGUCGAUGACACUGAACUUUUGCAGAAAAGAAUAGAGAGCAUUUAUAUUGGUGAACAUUAUUCACAGAAACUGGAAGAUGUUUUCUGUGCUGUUGUUGCUUAUGAUGUUACGUUGCAACAAGUUAAAACCAGGAAAAUGGUGAAGGAUCAUAAGGAUUUUGCCACAGGGAAAAUAACUACUUGGCUGCGAUAA